GUGAGUGAGUAAGAGAGCGAGAGAGAGAGAGAGAGAGAGCGAGAGUGCAUGCAUGCGAGAGGGGGCUACCAGAGGACAGGGAACCCACAUUUUUCGCCUCGACUCAGAGGAAAAUUACCAGACGAGCGCGCACACACAGUGACAGCGUCCGCGGUCAGUUCUUGCAAUAGCGUAUCUGAACACUGCAGCGAGAAUGGAGCUGCCCUCCGCGGGAGAGCACGUCUUUGCGGUGGAGAGCAUCGAGAAGAAGCGGAUCAGAAAGGGCAGAAUCGAAUACCUGGUCAAGUGGAGGGGCUGGUCUCCCAAAUACAACACGUGGGAGCCCGAAGAAAACAUCCUGGACCCGCGGCUCCUCGUCGCUUUCCAGAACAGAGAGAAACAGGAGCAGCUGAUGGGAUAUCGCAAACGAGGGCCCAAGCCUAAGCACCUCCUAGUUCAGCUUCCUUCAUUUGCACGGAGAUCCAGUGUCCUCUCUGGACUGCAAGAGACAUCCCUCGAUGAAGAGAAUCGGCCCAAGUCCGACGCCAUCCCAGCACACAGAUCCCAAACACAGCAGUACCAGCUGAACAGCAAGAAACACCACCAGUAUCAGCCAAACUGCAAGGAGACCCAGGUGGACCAGCAAGUUAAUGGAAAGAAGAAAUUUUACUAUCAGCUGAACAGCAAAAAGCAUCAUCAUUAUCAACCAGAUCCUAAGAUGUAUGACUUACAGUUCCAGAAGCCCAGAGAAAGCAAAGGUCAAGAGCACAUCAGUCAAGGAUGGAACCUGCCUCCUGCUCUCCAGCAGAAAGGGUUCUGUGACAAAGACCUGGGUUUAAGCAAAGCCAGCAAUUUUUCAGUGGAAAAGAAGCUGCCAGAUCCCCUGAACUGUGCUGAGGCACCCCUUACCACAGACACCAAGGAGACAAUUCUCCCCAGUGGCAUGAGCAGUAAGAUGAAAAUUGUGAAGAACAAAAACAAAAAUGGCCGGAUAGUGAUUGUUAUGAGCAAGUAUAUGGAAAAUGGCAUGCAGUCGGCUAGGAUUAAGAAUGGCGACUCCGAUGUCGGGGAGAAACUGCAUGAGGGAAAGCUGUCAGAAGAUGACAGUGCAGAGAACCUGUCAGACAAGAUGAAGUUUGUCAAACCACGUCUCCCAGAUAAUGGGAUCACAAAAGACAGUGAAAAUGGCACGCAUACUCCUGCAGCCGCAGUUUCUAUCAGACAAUCUUCUGUGCAACAGAUAAAUUCUUCCAAGGAAGAACCUGCUGUACCAGAGGGGGGGAAAACGGAUGAGGCAGUGACUCAGGCAGACCUCCCCCAGGAUCAGCCCUUGCAGCUGACCACAAAGCCCAACCUGACCCCUUGGCCUUUUGAGAUGGGGGUCCUGUCCCGGGUGGACCACAGGAGGAAGCAGCAGGGCCCGAGUGCUGCUUCUUCCCUGAAGCGCCAGCUCUCCGAGCCGCUAGAGGACAAGGGCAGGUGUAAGAAGUUCCUAACCUCCAGGAGCAUCAGUGCCCCAAGCUCUGUGCCUUCCGUGCCACGGAAUAAAGCCACGGACCCAAAUCCCAGCAACUACAGUGUCAGCGCAAGCCAAACUUGUGAUUUUACGGACCCCAUUCCAGAGGAGCCAAUCGACCUCAGUUGCGUUAAGUGUAGAGCUGAGUCGAGCUCUCGGCCAAAAACCCCGCCUCCAGUGGAGAACAAUUCAGCGGCGGUGCCGGAACGCGCAGAGGACCCCCUACCAAGUUUUAAGCCUUUUCUCGGGAACUUAAUUAUUACUGACGUUACAGCAAACUGUCUCACUGUAACAUUCAAGGAAUAUGUCAAAGUUUAACAAGCUAACUGCAGAUGAACUGGAAUCUACUGACUUCAAUGUGAAAAUGUACAGCAAUGCUGUCGACCAUGAGCGAUAGGGCGGUAGAUGGUAUCAUUGUGGCAGUUGUUGUCCACUUGGGUUAUCUGAUGUUACAGUACCAUUAAAGAGUGCACUUGUAAUUUUGAAUGUAUGCACUCACUAUCUAUAAAAAAUUAUGAAAUUAAUUUAACACAACAUAAUAUAAUUCAUUUUUGGCUAUUGCUGAGAAUAAGAAUAUGGCCAACUAAAACUUGGAUGUUCUAGUACUUUUUCAUUAUUAGCCUUUAUUUCUAAUUGGCUAAGCUAAAGAUGCUAACUUACUUUGGGCAUCUGGGUUCAGAUAAAAAGCACUUACCUUUGUAUAUACUUUUUCAGUCCUAGCAGUUUUGUAUAUGGUACCAUUUGAACUUCGUUAUUGCUUUACAUGUAAUAUCUGAGAAGGCAGUCAGAUAAAAGUGACUUUAGCUCCUGCAUACCUUGCAAAAUAAUUUUGUCAAAAACAGGUAUGUAUGAUUGUAUGUAUGAUGGACCAUUAGUUGUGUGACAGGCAGAUGCACCGCUGCUCAAAUUUGUGUGUCUGGGGCAUACCGCCUCUUGCCAUUUAAAUUUUUUUAACAUUAUUACGGACACUAGUCUCUUGUUAAAUGAAGGACUAAAACAGCGUCUUUGCUAUUGAUGCGGGGCAACGUAAAGGGUGAAUUAAUGAUUUGUGUAACACAAGCUAGAGCCGUCUGUUUUUUUUUUUUUUCUAUUAUUUAGACCAAGCGAUUCACUCAGACAAUCUUCCCAUUCUUAUAAUGAAGUAACAGUUUACCCCAUGAAAUAUCAUACCCUUUGUUAGCUUUGGUUUAAACUAAAGGAAGAACAUAUGAAUCAUUCUGAUGUGUACUAAGCUAGAAAAUAAAAACGGCUAUUUAUUUUUU